UCAUCUUGAUUUCUGACAGGAAGACAGAUGGAAAGCCUGCCUGAUGCUGCUGCCUUUGCAACUCACCUUAAAAACACUCUGAUCCGGUACCACGGCCUUGGCGAUGACGAGUGGCGAGUUGUGAAGAAAGCGAAAGAUGUAACAGUUUGGAGAAAGCCCUCAGAGGAAUUUAAUGGAUACCUCUACAAAGCCCAGGGCGUUAUAGAGGACACCGUCAACGCCAUCGUGGACCACAUCCGCCCGGGGCCCUGUCGCUUGGACUGGGACAGUUUAAUGACAUCCCUGGACAUUUUGAAGCACUUUGAAGAGAACUGCUGUGUGAUGCGCUACACCACCGCUGGCCAGCUCUGGAACGUCAUCGCCCCCAGGGAGUUUGUUGACUUCUCCUACACUGUGGGCUACGAGGAAGGACUUUUGUCCUGUGGGGUAAGUCUGGACUGGAGAGAAAAGAGGCCAGAAUUUGUUCGUGGAUACAACCAUCCUUGUGGUUGGUUCUGUGUUCCGCUCAAGGACCGUCCACACCAGAGUCUCCUGACGGGCUACAUUCAGACAGACCUGCGUGGGAGGAUACCUCAGUCCGCGGUGGACACCGCCAUGGCCAGCACGCUGGCCAACUUCUACGGAGACCUGCGGAGAGCCCUGCAGAGCCCCUAACAGGCUCACGCCUGCAC